CCGGUUCCCUUUGCUGCAGGAGCAGCCGGUGCAUGGGCAGUGCACGGGCACCGGCAGGAGCACGCUGCGCACCCCGCCAGGGCCGCCCCGCGCCGGCGGGACCGCACUCGCCCCGCGCGCGGAACGCCCCUCCGGAGCGGAGGAUGAGCCGGGAGCCCCGGGGCGCAGCGCGGCGCGCCGCCCCCGCCGCCAACCCGCCGCGGCGCUGAGCAUCGCCGGGUGCCCCCGGCAUGGACGGCCGUGACUUCGCGCCCCCGCCGCGGCUGCUGUCGGAGCGGGGCGGCCUGGGCCACCGGCACGGCGCGGGGCGCGGGGCGGGCGCGGCGCACGGGGCCGUGCAGCCCCCCGGACACUUCCAGCCCACCAAGUACUUCCCCGCGCCCAUCUCCAUGGCCACGCACACAGCCGGCAGCGGCCUGAUGGGGAACGCGCCCGCCUCCUCCUUCAUGGGGGGCUUCCUGAGCAGCAGCCUGGGCUCAGGGGCACCCAGCCACCCCGCCGGCCCCGCCGCCUCCCCCCCGGAGCCAGCCUUCUGCGGGCCCCACUCCGGCACCUCCCAGAUCUGGUUCUCACACUCCCACGAAGCCCCGGGGUACCCCCGCUUCUCCGGGAGCCUGGCCUCCACUUUCCUGCCCAUGAGCCACCUGGACCACCAUGGCAACAGCAACGUCCUCUACGGCCAGCACCGCUUCUAUGAGAGCCAGAAAGAUAACUUCUACCUGCGCAACCUGCCCGCCCAACCCGCCCUGCUCCCCGCCAGCCAUGGCUUCCCCGGCAUCGCCCGCGCCGCCCCCGGGCCCCCCGCCAGCUCCUGCAGCCGGGAGCGGGAGGCUGGACCCCUACCCAAGACCCCUAAGGACUACGACCGCUUCCUGGCGAGCAAGGAGAAGGCAGGCAAGGGGGACCCCAAGGAGCGGCAACCUGAGGAGGACCCCAAGGAACGGCACAAGGCGGUGCUGCCAGUGCCGCCGGAGGGGCACUGCAAGGAGGGGCUGCCCCCCCGGGGGGCUGGCGACAGCCACCCCAAGCACCUCGCCUCCUGCCUGCUGGGUGCCAAGGGGCUGGAAGGUGACGCCAGGCGCACCAUGCUGCCCAGCUGUGCCGGCAGCGCCCUGCCCCGCACCGGCCGCUGCAGUGCCAAGGAGCCGUGCCGGGGCGAGCGGGAGCCGGGUGUCCCCGAGGUGCCGCAGCCCUACGGGGAGUGUGUGGAGCGGCGGCAGAUGCUGCACCACGCUGUUUCCUACGCUGUGCCCACCGGGCCGGCCCCACUCGGACCUGCCGCUGGCUCCUUCCCCUGCCUGCAGCUGCACACUGGCCCCGAGGUGCUGUGCCCGCUGCCGGAGCCGGCCGGCCGGGAGCUGAAGCUGAGCGGGGCCACACUGGUGCCCUCGGUGGGCCACCUCACGGACAAGAGCCGCUCCUUCCAGGUUGCGGCGGAGGCCGGUGGGCUGGAGCGUGCCGAGGGCAAGGAGCGGCAUGCCGAGGUGGGGGCCGAGCCCCCAGCUACUUAUGGCGGCCCCUUCCACCAUCCGCUGAAGGCGGAGGGUCCGGCGGAGCGGCGGCUGGAGUGGGGGGGUCCCGGUGCCCGACUGAAGGGGCUGGAGUACCUGGGUGGGGGGUCGGCUGAGGGGCCCCCCUUCACCAGCCGGGAUCCUGCAACCAAGGGUGCUCUGGAGAAGGGCUACUUUGAGGUGCCGCCAGCGCCCGACUGCUCCCGCGCCGCCCGCCCCGACCCGCUGGGUGUCCGGGUUGGCCCCUCCUGCUGCACUUUAGAGAAGGGUCCCCCGAAAGACCCCCCACCGGUGCCGGGGCCCCAGAAGGUGGCACGGAUCCGGCACCAGCAGCACCCAGAGGUGGAGGCGGCUGGCACUGGCCCCGAGGGCAAGCGCAAACCCCUGGAGCUGAGCGCCCUGGGCUAUGGCGGACCCCCCCUGCCCCCCUGGGGCGUGCAGGGCCAGGCCCCCCCCCUGGCCGUGCCGGAGGAGCGGAAGGGGCCUUACCUGGAUCCCUUCGGCACGAGUCUGCAGCAGGCUGCGUUGAUGACUCAGGGUCCAGUGCUGGGCCAGGAGGUGCCGGCUGCCCCGGAUGAGGUGUCGGCCAUGAAGAACCUGCUGAAAUACAGCAACCAGGCGCUGCUGGGGGGGCAGAAGGGCCCCCCUUUCGUGGGGCUGGGGGGCGUCAAGGGCAGCUGCGCCCACCAGGAUGCCAAGUUCCCUCCGGGGAAGGGGCAGCCGGAGCUGGAGCGGCCAGACUGUGCCCGCGGCCGGGAGCAUGACGGGCUGGCCCCUGGCGAGGGCGAAGUGCGGCAGCCGCCCGUCGGCAUCGCUGUGGCCGUGGCGCGGCAGAAGGACACACUGGGGCGCCCCGAGCCCUCCUACGGUGGUGGUGGCUCCGGGCGGCAGGGCCGGGCGGCCGCUGGCAUCAAAGCAGGCACUGCGCGGCCCAUGCACCUCAUCGACCUGGAGGCAGAGGAGGAGCGGGGCCGGCUCUGCGAGGAGCGCCUGGGGCUGCCAGGGCGAGAGCUUCUUCUCCAGGACAACAAGGACCUGGUGGAGUUUGCCCGGAUGCACCCGUCUGGGGGUUGUCCUGGGGAGCUGACCCCCCACCUGAUGAUUGCAGGGGGUUCCUCGCUGCCAGCGGGGCAGCUCGGGGGAGACCCUGCCACCCAUGCCCACCCAGCACACACACACUGGCUGCCGCGCACCCGCAGCCCCUCCAUCUGGAUGGGGGGACAUUCCUAUGGCAUCGGCCACCCCGCGCUGCACCAGAACUUGCCGCCUGCCUUCCCUGCCUCCAUGCCCAGCACCAUGCAGCCCGUCUUCCCCCUCUCCCAGGACCCCCCUGCCCAGCUUGUGAUCCUGCCUACCGAGCCCCCCACCCAUGGCACCCCACACACACUGGCCGACGUGAUGGACCAGGCAUCGCUGUGGCCCCCCAUGUACCCGGGCCGGGGCCCCAGCGCCCACCUGCAGCACACGGGGCAGCUGCCCGUGUACUCGCGCUCGCAGUUCCUGCGGCAGCAGGAGCUCUAUGCGCUGCAGCAGCAGCAGCGGGCGGCCCAGGCUCUCGAGAUCCAGCGCCAGGCACAUGUCCAGCGGAAGCCGGAAGAGCAGCCCCUGGAGCUGGAGGAUGGGGGUCCUGAGAAGCCUCUCAAACCCUCCCACAAAGCAGUUGCCUUAAACCCCCCGGCCAAGGGUCUGUCCUCGGCAGCCCCCGGGCCCCCCAAGCUGUCCCCUUGCUGCCACUCUCCGGCCUUGCGGCACCCGGCCAAGUGCCCCGUGACCCUCCCUGCGGCCCCCUGCACUUUACCUGUCUGCCCCGCUGCCAGCUCUGCUGUGGCCCCCCGCUCCCCAGCCGACAGCCCCCUGCCCGUCCAGAGCAAGGGCAGCGAUGGCGAGGACAAGCGCGGCGAGGGGCAGCCACCCCGCGACUACCCCAAGUCCCUGGAGCCAGACCUGCCCCCCGGCUACAGCUACCCUGCGGCCAGCAUGGGCUUCUCCGAGGCGCACUCGGCCGAGCCGGCGGACCCUGACACUAUGCAUGCUGGCUCACCACCGGCUGAGCCCGAGCAGUCCCGGACCUUCAGCCCUGCUGGGGAGGUGCUGCGGGAGCCAGGGCCCCUGCGGGAGCCGCCAACUGGGGGAGCGAUGGCCGAGGGUCCCGGGACGCUGCUGCACCGCCACCACCUCCUGCUCACCCCGGGACCCCUCUGCGGGGAGCGGGGGCCGGCCCCGGCCGUGGGGGCUGCCGAGGAGCGGGCACCGGUGCCCUUCGGGGUGUGCCGGGAGGCAGCUCAGGGAGCACUGGAGCAAAGCCCGCCGGAGCAGCAGCACCUGGUGCCUGUGGUGGGGGGCUCCCCGCUGCCCCCCACUGUGGAGGAGGAGGAAGAGGAAGAGGAGGAUGAGGAGGGUGACAGUGAUGGCUCAGAACCAGAAGGCAGCUGCGAUGAGGAGGAUGGCGACAGCCCUGGCGGGCGGCAGGGCUGCCUGGGUGGGCUGGAAGCGCUGAUUGCUGCUGGCAUCGACCUGGGGGAGCUGCCGGCACUAGGCUCACCCGGGGAGCCCCCCCCGGCUCCCCCUGCGCUACCCCCCUGUGCCUCAGGGAUCCCCGGCAUCGCCCUGCUCAGUGAGCUCGCUGACCUGGAGCUGCACCGGCGCCGCUGCGACCUGGCACUGGAAGGGGGGGACGAGGACCUGCUGGCCUUCAACCUGCAGAACCUGGCCACGGUGGCGGCCGCCUGGUCGCUGGUGGAGGCGGCCAGCCGGGAGGGCAGCCCGCCAGCGCUCAGCCCCCUGCCCGCCUCCCCGCCACCCCGCUCCCGCAUCCCCCGCCGCAAGUACACCUGGACACCUAAAACCAAGGCUGUUUGCCCCCUGAAGGCGGCCAUUGAGCAGCUCAACACGCAGGAGGUGGAGGUGCGGAUGCGGCUGGCCGAGCUCCAGCGCCGCUACAAGGAGAAGCAGCGGGAGCUGGUGAAGCUGCAGAGGCGGCAUGACCACGAGCGUGACGAGAGCUCCCGGAGCCCGGCGCGGCGCGGCCCGGGGCGGCCGAGGAAGCGCAAGCACUCCAGCACGCUGGGCAGGGCCGAGAGCCGCAAGGUCAAGGCGGUGAAGACCAGCCUGUCCCUGCUGUGUGCUGAGCUGCGGGGGGACCCCGAGCCCAAGAAGAAGAGGAGCAAGCUGGCCGAAGCAGCCUUCGGCAGCCUCAAAGGCUCCCCGGAGAAGGUGCGCUGCAAGAAGAGCAGCUCGCAGGGCAAGCUGGCCUGCAAGGUGGCACACAAGGUGUCACAGCUGAAGCAGAAGGUGAAGAGCAAAGGGCUGCCUGCCGGCAUCAGCCCCUUCCGCCGGAAAGACCCCAACCCUGGUGGCCGUAUCCAGAAGAAGCUGUCCCGUCCCAAGAGCUCCAAGGCCACCAAGUACCAGCCGCAGGACUCUGACCCUCGCCAGCUGGCAGGCUUCAAAGAUGAGCACGAUGGGGACACAGACAGCGAGGACGGUGACGACGAGCCAGGCCUGUCCCUGCCGCCAUCAGUGCCCAUGGCCGUGCUGGGACCCUCCCCAUCCUCUGUGGUGAAGAUGGAGGCCAACGAAAAGGCAAAGAAGAAGAAGGAAAGGCAGGGACUGCUAGGACCCUGCCGCCUCGGCAGCCCCGAGGGUGAGGUGAAGAUCAAGCGGCGGCCGGUGAAGCCGGGGGCUGGCAAGCUGGAGAAGGUGCCGGUGCGGCGGAAGGCAGGCGGCUGUGAGGAGGGCGGCAAGAAGAAGCUGAAGGCCAAGCCCAAGGAGAGCCUCCGGCCACCAGCCCCCAGCGGCCCCAGUGCCCCCGGCCCCGCUGGCAGCCUCUUCACCGGCACGGACCCCCGGCACUUCGGGAUGAGGGAUGAGGGGGCUCGCCUGGCCAGUGAGAGGCUGAAGAAAGCCACGCGCAAGAGCAAGGUGCUGCAGUCGGCCCUGCGGCGGAAGAAUGGGGCCCUGUCACUGGCCCUCUCCCCCCGGAGCGCCAAGACCAUCCUGAGCAAGGGCAAGAAGCUGGCCAAGGUGAAGAGCAAAGUGGCCACCAAGCAGUGCAAGGGCCGGGCGGUCAGCAAGCUGCUGGAGAGCUUCACCGUGGAGGAUGACUUUGACUUCGAUGACAACAGCAGCUUCUCAGAGGAGGAGGAGGGGGGCUGCCUGGCGGGGGUGGCCCGGGGGGGGCACCGCUCCCCCCUGCCCCAUGCCUGUGCCAUCCAGAAGGAGGAUCUGCGGGAUGGGCUGCACAUCCUCAUCCCCAAGGAGGAUAGCCUGCUCUACGCAGGCAGUGUCCGCACCAUCCAGCCCCCCGACAUCUACAGCAUCAUCAUCGAGGGCGAGCGGGGGAACCGGCAGCGUAUCUACUCGCAGGAGCAGCUGCUGCAGGAGGCGGUCCUCGACAUCCGGCCCCAGUCACGCCACAGCCUCCCACCAGGCACCCGCGUCUGCGCCUACUGGAGCCAGAAAUCCCGGUGCCUCUACCCAGGGAACGUGGUGAGAGGCUCCUCCAGCGACGAGGAGGAGGAUGACCCCGAAGCAGUGAUGGUGGAGUUUGAUGACGGGGACACGGGACACAUCGCUGUCUCCAACAUCCGCCUGCUGCCCCCCGACUUCAAGAUCCAGUGCACUGAGCCGUCCCCAGCGCUGCUGGUCUCCAGCUCCUGCCGGCGGACGAAGCGGUCCUGUGGCAGUGUGAUCCCCCCCAGCGAGCUGCCUGCCAGCCUCUGCGCAGACCGCCACGACGGCCCUGAGCCCCCCAAGAACCCGGGCAAGAAGGCAGCCAGCAAGGAGAAAAGCGGCAAAGCUGUGGAAGUGCUGUCGGGGGCCAAGGCACCAGUGCUGAGUGACCCGUUCCUGGGGCGGCGUGGCGGGCCACUGCUGAGCUGGUCAGCGGUGGCGCAGACAAAGCGGAAGGCGUCGAGCAAGGGCACAGCCGUGCUGCAGAACCUCUUCCAGGUUAAUGGCAGCACCAAGAAGCUACGGGCCAAAGAGGCCCUCUUCCCUGUGCACCACCACCUCGCCACCCCAGUCUUCGGCAACGGCUUUGGGGCUGACUCCUUCAGCCGCAUUGCCAGCUCCUACGCCUCCUUUGGGGCGGGGGCUGGGCUGGUGCUGCCGGCCGCCCAGAAGCUCCUGCGCUCCAAGAAGGCCGAGCGGCUGGAGGCAGAAAUGGGCAAAAGCGGCCGGAGAAAGGCGGGCAGCGAGUACCUGGUCAAGCUGGACCACGAAGGGGUGACGUCCCCCAAGAACAAGAACUGCAAGGCCCUGCUGCUGGCUGAGAAGGACUUUGGGGCCAAGCUGGAGCGGCCCCUGGCCAGCCACAGCUAUGCCCACGCGGCGCUGGCCGGCAAGGACAGGAAGGGUCGGGCGCCUGUGCACCAGCUGCCGGUGGGGCUGGCGUUGCGGAAAUACUCGGGCCAGGCCGAGUUCACCCUGAACUGCGACAGCGACUGCCACAGCUCCUACUCGGACAUGGACGAGGACGAGGAGGCGGCUGGGCUGGGCACCGACGUGCCCUCACGCUUUAUGACCCGCCUCUCCGUUUCUUCCUCUUCCUCGGGCUCUUCCACCUCCUCCAGCUCCGGCUCCAUCACCACCUCCAGCCUCUGCUCCUCUGACAACGAGGAUUCCUCCUACAGCUCUGAGGAUGAGGACUCCACGCUGCUGCUCCAGACCUGCCUCUCCCACCCGGUGCCAGCGCUGCUGGCGCAGCCGGAGGCCCUGCGCUCCAAGAGCAGCACGCCGCAGCGCUGCUUCCUCACCAAGGCUGCCGCCACCGGUCCCAAGGCCAAGCUCAAGCGCAAGGAGGCCCUCAGCUUCUCCAAAGCCAAAGAGUUCUCCCGGAGGCAGCGCCUGCCCUCGGUGGAAAACCGGCCAAAGAUCUCCGCCUUCCUGCCUGCGCGCCAGCUCUGGAGGUGGUCGGGGAACCCCACGCAGCGGCGGGGCAUGAAGGGCAAGGCGCGGAAGCUGUUCUACAAGGCCAUCGUGCGCGGCAAGGAGACGCUGCGCAUCGGGGACUGCGCCGUCUUCCUCUCGGCCGGGCGGCCCAACCUGCCCUACAUCGGGCGCAUCGAGAGCAUGUGGGAGUCCUGGGGCAGCAACAUGGUGGUCAAGGUCAAGUGGUUCUACCACCCUGAGGAGACCAAGCUGGGCAAGCGGCAGAGCGACGGCAAGAACGCCCUGUACCAGUCGUGCCACGAGGACGAGAACGACGUGCAGACCAUCUCCCACAAGUGCCAGGUAGUGGGACGGGAGCACUAUGAGCAGAUGACCCGCAGCAAGAAAUACCAGGACCGGCAGGACCUCUACUACCUGGCGGGCACCUACGACCCCACCACGGGCCGGCUGGUGACUGCCGACGGGGUGCCCAUCCUCUGCUGACCCCUGUGCCCACCCCAGGUGCAGGGAGGGGGACUGGGACAGGCAGCCCCCCCACAUGCCCCCUCCGGCGCAGGGCUACUUCCCGGCAAUUAUGCAAAGCCCGGGGUGGCUGGGGCUGGGGGUGCGGGGGCAUCGUUGCAGGGGGCGCAGGGGGGGGCUCCCCUACAAGCCAUACUUUCCCUAGUACCUCUGACUGUUUGCCAGCAGGUAAAGCAGAAAUCAGGUGUGUUGUUCUAUUUAUUUUGCGUGUAAAUAUUGUAUUUCUUCCGGGAAGUUUUAUGGAAAACAGACAAACCGACAAAAAAAAAUACAACAAAAAAAAACAAAUAAAAAAAUAAUAAUAAUAAGGGGCGGGGGGGUGGGGGGUGCGUUUCCGUUUCAGUGCACUGUUUCCCCCAGCCUGGCUGGGACGUGGACAGCGGGGGAGCUCUGUAUAUAGGGGGGACACGGCGGCGGGGCAGGGGGCUCAGCCCCCAGCGCAGUGGCAAGCAGGGGGGGGUGGGGUGGGGGGGGGCUGGCAGGGCGGCUCUCCCAGCCCCCCCCGGCGGUCCUGUCACUCCCUGGCCCCAGUGCAAUAGCGGGGCGGCUGCGGUGCCGGUGGACGCUGGCCCGUCCCGCCGCUGCCUGCCGCUGCCCGCCGCUGCCCCGUGCUGUAAAUGUGUACAGGCCGCACAGCGGUGGGGGCUUUUCCAGUGUAAACACUAAAAAAAAAAAAAACAAACAAAAAAAAACCAACCACAAGACAAAAAAAAAUCCCAACAAUAAAAAAAAAGAAAAAAAAAGGAAAAAAGGAUUAAAAACACAAAGGUUUUAUGAACAGCAAACUCUAUGUAAAGGCCUUUUAGUAUGGAACUUUUUUAUUGAUAACUUGGCUUAUGAAUAAAUAUAUGAACCGUU